AUGACUAUCUUGGACAAGUUCUCGCAUCGGGUACAAAAAUCGUCGUUGAAUAUCCUCCAAAGACUUCCUAGGCCCUGCAAUGUCUUCUCGGAGCACUUGGUAAAGGAGGCACAGCCAGAAGCGGUUGCUCAAAUACCAGAGGGCGAAGAGAAGGAAUGCCUCGAACACGAGCUGGAGGAUAGUGAAGAGGAAUGGGCAAUCCACCGGGAUGGCGGAGCGUGUAAUAUAGAGGCAGUUACCUGCAACUUCCACUGUCAGCACCACGAAGAACUCAGACAAGCACUCCAGCGACAGAUCAACGAAGGUAAGGAGAGGGUCGAAGGGUGCUAUCAGAGACUGCCUUUUGAAGAGUUGGAGAGCGAGCACUUCCCGGGUGGAAGCGGAGAAGCCUUGGAGGCUCUCAACUUCCACAACUCCGUCAUCGCCCGCCGCUACCUGGUCACGAUGAUAUUUUACCCCAACCCUUAUCCUACGUGGUGUGAACCCGAGGAUGGCCACUUUCAAUACAUCCGCUCUCUGCAGUGGCGUCGGGACGCACUGGUUGAUUUCGUGCGGGAGCAGAGGGAGAAAGAGGGCUUCGACCUUUCUGCGUACAAGUCGGUGGAAAGAUGGGUUGCUGAUUUGGCUGAAGAGCAUCAUCUCUUUGACCAGCCUGAACGGGACUUGCCAAGAGAAGGAAUGGAAUAUGGCUGCGAUUCGAAGGGUGUUCUCGCCAAGAUUGUGGAAAGAACCCACGAGCAUGAUCCCCGCCAGGAGAAACCACAAAAGCCGAAACCAUACGUGCGGACAGAAGAGGAGUGGAAUGAGUGGAUUGAAAAGACGAAUAGGGAAUAUUGUCUUGAUACUAGCCGUGACGAGGAGGAGGCUGCUAGACAACUUGAAUGGGCCGAAGAAUCGGUCGAUUUUGUGCCAGAUGAAACUCCCUGGUAG